CUCACAUCCUCCCCCUCCUCACACACCAUGGACGCGUUUCUCACACGUUCCCGUCGCUACAAUUAACCCUCAGUUAGUCGCGAGCUGCGGACAGAAAGCUCCCCGUUUCCCUCGCGGACUCCGGUAACCCCGUCCCCCCAGCUGGAGGAGACAUGAAGCGGCUUUUGGUGAGAGCCGUGCGGGACAAAGCCGUGAAGCCCUGGCUGCUGCUGGCUCUGCUCGGACUGAGUGCUGCACUUGGGCCCAGUAAAACGGAAGACGAGGACUAUGAAGACGUGCCGAUAAAUAAGACAUGGGUGUUAUCACCGAAGGUCUAUGAGAGCGAUGUGACUUUGAUCCUGAAUAAACUGCUGCAGGGCUACGACAACAAACUGCGGCCUGACAUUGGAGGCAAGCCAACAGUGAUUGAAACAGCCGUGUAUGUCAACAGCAUUGGACCGGUGGACCCUAUCAACAUGGAGUACACCAUUGACAUCUUCUUCGCCCAGACGUGGUACGACAGCCGACUGAAGUUCAACAGCUCCAUGAAGCUGCUUAUGCUCAACAGUAACAUGGUAGGCAAAAUCUGGAUUCCAGACACGUUCUUCAGGAAUUCCCGCAAAUCGGACGCCCACUGGAUCACCACUCCCAACCGGCUCCUGAGGCUGUGGAGCAACGGCAGAGUCAUGUACACACUGAGGUUGACUAUUAAUGCGGAGUGUUACCUUAAGCUGCAUAACUUUCCAAUGGAUGAACACUCGUGUCCACUGGAGUUUUCAAGCUAUGGUUAUCCUAAGAAUGAAAUCAUGUACCGGUGGCAGAGACGGGCAGUGGAGGUGGCGGACCAGCGAUACUGGAGACUCUACCAAUUUGCCUUUGUUGGGUUGAGGAACACUUCAGAUGUGGCACACACCCAGUCAGGUGAAUAUGUAAUCUUGACAAUCUUCUUUGACCUGAGUCGGAGAAUGGGUUACUUCACCAUCCAGACCUACAUCCCCUGCAGUAUGAUCGUGGUCUUGUCCUGGGUCUCCUUCUGGAUCAACAAAGAUGCCGUCCCAGCCCGCACAUCUCUAGGUAUUACUACAGUGCUGACGAUGACAACUCUAAGCACCAUCUCUAGGAAGUCCCUGCCCAAGGUGUCUUAUGUCACUGCCAUGGAUCUGUUUGUCUCCGUCUGUUUCAUCUUCACCUUCGCUGCCCUCAUGGAGUACGGCACUCUGCACUACUUCACCAGCAACAGACAGACCAAGAAGUCUAAAGCCAACCACACACAGGUACCGAUCACUUGUUCCUUCUUUAUUCUAUCUCAGAAAGCAUCCAGCAUGGUGAACAUCCGACCUGGCACGUCCCUGCUGCAGAUGAACAACAUUGUACCCUAUCACGAGGAGGAAGACUAUGCUUAUGAGUGUUUGGAUGGAAAAGACUGCACCAGCUUCUUCUGCUGCUUCGAUGACUGCCGCUCAGGUGCCUGGCGUGAAAACAGGAUGCAUGUGCGGGUUUCCAAGAUCGAUUCAUACUCGCGAAUAUUCUUUCCCACUGCUUUUGGCCUUUUCAAUCUGGUUUACUGGAUUGGUUAUCUGUAUCUAUAAAACCAGAACAUAUAAAAAAGACGACUGGAGUUUAACAUCUGCAAGCAUUCUACAGUAGCAUAGCUGCUUCGGUAGCAUCAGGAAUAUUAGCUUUGUUAGCAAACAAGAAACUAAAUUUAAAACUUAUCAUGAAUUAACUCUGUCCCUCAUCUACCAACACGUUUUUCCAGAGCAGCGUUACAGCUACCCGUGUAUAAGUACAAUAUGGAUAUUUCCUAUCCCUAAUGGAUAAUGCCUUAAUGAUUAUUGCGACUCACUGACCUUUUCGUGUAGCACCAAAUUGAAGAUUCCUCUUUACAUUCAUUUGAAAAAGCUAAAGGAUGAAUUUCCAUUAAGUCUUUCCAAGAUUUUUUCAUUGCAAGAUAAUUGAUUCCAUUUUAUAUGAGCCUUAACCCUGAAAUGGAAAUGACAUACUUGAAGAUCUUCCAUUAUGGAAAUGCCUCACUCCCAAUCCAAAGGGAACACAGCUUUGCUCGUGGAUCGGUAUAGCAGAUUUAUGGAGAUAAAGUAUGCUAUUUGCGAUAUUGUUUGUAAUUGAACUAUUAGUUAAGAGACCUGAUUAUUCAGUUCCUUUAAUAUGGGAUCUUAACAUUAAUGUUAACGUAAAAACCCAAUGAAGCUAAAUUAAUCGUUCCUUUGUCGGCUAAAUUAUUCACGUUAAUAGCAAGUGCAUGUGUCUACAUAGCAAUAAUUUUGUGAUAGACAAGCAUCGCACCUUUGCUUUUUAUUAUCUAUUUUUGCUAUGAAUGUAUAAGGAGAACGGGAUACAUUGUUGGAGGCAGGACCCUGUUUAUUCCUCUGAAAGUUGCUCAGUGUAGCAAUGAGCCAAAAUGGCCUGCCUAUCGAUAACAGAAAUACAUGGAUCAUCCUGGGUCUUGGAACUAUAGAGCAUGAGCAGUUGCGAUUUUGCUAAGCCAAGCCUCCGAACCACUUGGUCACAGCUGUUUCUGGUUCGGCCAAAUGAAUGGAGAGGGGAAAAAACUAUGGUCUUGGCUUUUAGCGCAUUCUACAACUUUUCGGGCCUAAUGAUUUCAAUAAAGGCGAGUGAUUAUACUUAGCAAAAAAAACGGAUGCACUGCUUUACAGAUGUCUUUUUCCCAAUGUAAGCCAAUAUGGAAAAUUAUAUUUGGACCCGAUGACAUCACAGACGGACAUGGACAUUUUAGUACCAUCGUUUGGCCACUAUGGAAAUUUGCCUCAAUGUCAGAUACGCUCCUUGGGGCUUCAUUUGUUUAUCUAUUUUUUAUUGUUUUUAAACAUAAGAACCAAUUGGAAGAUGCUUGUUCUAAUAGUAUGGACGAUUGGACUAAUGCUCUCUCCUCAUCGAGACCAAUUGAGAAAAGACGCUGAGAAAGCAGCCAUUUGGACACAAGCCUUUAUUGCACCUUUUAUUUCCUGUGAUUCUUAUUUCAUCAGCAAAUGGGCAACAUAGCAAAGGAAUUUGUGUAAAUAUAGGCCUGAAUCUGAAACCCCAAACUUGCAAAUGUCGGGAUUAAAACCUCCUCAGAUUUAAACAGGACAGUGAUUUGAAUACUUUUGAUACUUGAUUCCUGUGAAACCUUAAACCUACCCACAGCAGCUUUGACCCCAGAAAUGUUUGCGCGAGUUAAACUCCAGUCUACACAAAGGAGAUAUUGCCAUCAAACCUGAAAAAAAAAUUACACAAAUGUGCGUUUACUUUUUGCCGCCGUGCUAUCAAUAUUGUUGAGAAGCAGGAUGGAGGAGGUGCAUUGCGCUUUGAUGCUGUAAUGUAAAUCUCUUAAAGGUAAAUAGUCCCCGAUCUUUUUAGAGAGUCCGAUAAGCUAUUAUGAUUCUUCAUUAAUUUGCAGGAAUACGGGGUACUAUUGGUCACUUAAACACAAGAAAGGAACAUACCUUUAAUGUUCAAAGGGUUUUAUUUUUCUAGGCGACACCUCACAGCGUUAUGAUCAGUGGGGUCCUACAUGGAAUGGAUUUAUAAAAUUAUUCACAGAGAAUUCAUGAACAAUGAUGGUUGUUUUUCAAAGAGCCAGACUUUAUACUCUGAUGUAUCACAUGUUACAAGACUGAACAUUUUUCAGAGAGUUCAGGAAAAUGGUCAUGUACUCUUUAAUUCAGUAGUCAAGUAUUACUAUUUUGAAAUUGAUAUAGCAAAUUGAUAUGGUUUCUGAAAAGGUUUGAGAAAAGAUUGUCCUUUACUAAUUAUAAAUUACUUGAAUUUACUUUUAUACAGUUCUGUUGCAUGUAAAAGACUCACUUUGUGGACAGAUAUAGUUUCCACCGUGCAAACAAUGAAUACAAACUGACAUAUCUCCAGCAACAUGCUCUCAGAAUUACUCUACAUCUAACAUAGUGUGUGCACAGCCAAUAUCAUAACGGAAGAACUAACUACGAUAGACUUAAAACUGAUUUUUUUACCCUCCAUCUUUUUCUUUUUGGGUACCGUCUGUACAAAAACAUACUACAUAUUAUUUCCAACCUCAGUUUGCUAGAUGGACAUCAUCAAAUGAAAUCAUUUUUCAGAUUCCAAUCGGUCUGGAUCAAUUCAAAGUUCGCAACAGUGCUGUUUCUGACAUUUAAAAAAAAAAUUCAGACGCAAGUUAAGACUGUUGCUAGAUCCAACUGUUCCUUCACUUUAAAUCAAACCAAGCAAAGUAACCACCUUUCUGUUCCUACUGCCCUGAUUGUUCCUGCGACUAACUUUCAUUUAGCUUACCAGGAAGUAAUUCAGCAUACCAUACAACAAAGCGUACAAUUGCAUUUUCACUUAAUAACGAUGGGAACUCCAAAAACAACUUAUCUGUACAGUGAUACAAAUCUCAAGCGCACAAUCCAUAAGUUGUGAUUAAGUAAACAGCACCAGCAGUUUUUAAGAAGACGCUAACAGUGUGUUCGUUAAUAUUCACAAACCAAACAGUUUGUGAACAUGGAGCACUGUUCAAAGGUACGGUUUGGAAGUUCAGAAUGGAUCAUCCCUCAGAGCUGUAGAGCGUUCUGAAAAGUUAGCCAUACUAUUCAAUAACACAUUUAGCUAGCUAUAUAGUUCACUUUUGCUCAAAAUUCUUUAAACGUUAGCUUCCUAAUUAAUUUUCAUAAGCAUAUUGUUCUCAUCAUCAUCAUCAUCAUCAUCAUCAUCAUCAUCAUCACAAUCAUCAUCAUCAUCCUCACUGAUAGUAAAGAGGCAUCACAUUAUUUAAUAUACUUAUCAAGAGAUAAUGAAUUUAUGUAGAAACUGGAUGCUUGGUUUCUUUGAACAACAACAUUAUCAUUUUAGCGUAGAGCUCCGGACAAACAAACAGAACCUAAGAAACAAGUCUCCCCUGAUGGCCAUUUUUUCAUGCUCUGGGAUAAACACUGAGGAAGGUUUCUUCAGAUGGCAGGAAGCAAGCAAGGUUAUGUUAGCCACUGCAGGACAUACUGUAAAAUUAUAACCCAAAACAUCAUCAUUAUUUUAUCUGCUGCUCAGUACAGAAAGUAUUUGCAAAGUCAAAGAUUACGUACGCUGAUAGUGUUUUAUGGAAUACGCAAGAUUGUCUGUAUUUAAAAUUGUUACCAUUAUUGGAGAAUAUAUAUACCAUAACAUACAUUUGAAAAUACAGAAUCACAUUUCAUGGAAAUGUGUAAAAAGACCCAGGUUCCAGCCCUAAUACAACUGUACUCAUUUUAGACUUCUAGUUACUGUAACUAUACUGUAACUCAGUACAUCCUGAUUCCUUUACACUAUGACCCAGGUGAGUUUGACUUCAGGUAUUAUUCUCAUGCUUUAAAAUAUGAGAAUGGAAGUGUGAGACAGGGAGAGAAACAUGAUACACCAACAUCUGCCCUUAACAAAACAACAGACAAGAGGUUUUUGAACGUUUCACAUACACCAAAGAACUGUCGUAUCCAGUGGCAUGUCCUGUCCAGUUCUUAUUGCUGCACAUGUAAAACAUCAAAUACAAAAUAGUCUUUACGCAUAAAAUAGCAUUUCUGCAUUGUUGAGAUUCCAUAUCUCUGACAUGUUUAUAGAAAUUUCAAGGUGACAUUAUAGCUAUUCAUUAACUGAGAUUUUGAGUUAAACGUUUUUUCAACCAUGCAAAACUAACAAGGAAUGUACUGAAAGCUACAGUAAUCUAUGCAAACAUGAACUUUGUUGCAGUUGUUUUCUUAGGGUGUGAUAACUCCUCAUCGGGUAUUCGUAGGGUAAUUAAUAAGAACAUUUGACAGAAAAAAUAUCUGUAUUCCGUUUUUCUACUCAGCUCAAGUAAUUACUUCACUCCCAAUACAAUUAACCUGUUUUUAAGACACGGCAUACCAAACCUAUGUUGGGUUUUUUCAGAUGUCCCUCUGCAGUAUUGGUAGCAACUAAAUUAGUCAAAAUUCCAGAACACAAAAGCAAAAAUAUUUGGUUAUAUUACAGUUAAACAUGUUGUCCUUGCUGUUGGUGCGUUCACACUGGACGCUAAGCUAAUGCUUUGUGCUUCACGAUUACAUGUUAAGUCAAUGCAAAGACGCAAAUAUUGCCGUCUCACGAAAGCCAAUGUUAAGAAUUCAUUCUGUCUGACUGUCGUCACUGACGUAUUGACGUCGUUGAAUUAGGAAACAAAAGAUAAGCUGCUCAUGUUUUUUACUAGUCGUUAUCAGUAUGUUGUUAUUUUGGCAUCAUUUGAUAAAUGUAUUUCAAUUAUUAUAUACAAUAAUUCAAAUAAUAAUUUCAUUGUUGGUAUCAACCAUGGUAUCUACAUGUAGAUAAGCCCCGCCUCCUUGCCAGUGCAUCCGGUUUGAGUGACGCAAGCAAACAAAGAAAGCCAUGGUCAAACUCGUGCAAGCAGCGUGACGCAAAAAUUAGCUUCGCGUCCGGUGGGAAUCAACAUUUAGGGUUAGGGUUGUGUGCAUUAUGUACAUUUCCACAGCACAAUAUUUCCGGUAUUAAUCAAUCUGCUACUCUGAGUUUCUUCUUUCAACACAAACUGCCCUGAUCUAAAUGCAGGUACUUCUAUUUCGCCAAUUUCAUCAAUCAUUUUACCAAUGGGAAUGUCAAUAAACUUUCAAUUCAAACACCAGUUUUUUCAAAUCAUAGCCUUCCAGUAGCUAAAAGGGUAUACUGCAUACUCCUGUAAAUAGCUAAGUAAAAAAGCAGUUGGAAUUUCAAGUUAGUUGGCACAGCAAUUCUGUUUUAUUGGAUUUGAUUAAGCAUAUCGUACUGACCCAAUUGUCACAAAACAAAAAAGAAAACACAAAGCAGAUAUUGAAUCCAACACUGAAAAACACUGACAAAAACACUAUUUAAUGCAACUCACAGCCACUGUGUCAAAAGAGAAACUGAAAGCAGCAGUGUGACAACUUUAAAAUUAACUGUGGAAAUUAGUGCUGUUGAAAUGCCUCGUACAAAACGAUCGGAUAAUAUGACCAUUAUAGUGUUUGUAAUUCAGAUGCCUUUCAGUGUUUUUUUUAUUCAACCAAGCUUCUAUUUAGGAUACCUUUUAUUGGUUUGUAAUGGCCAAACAUAGCAGCUUUUAAAUUGAAGAAUAGGCCAGUUCAACUGUCCAAACAGUCAACUCUGUCCACACACAUUAACCAGAGUAUGGUUGCAAGUUCAGUCUCUACAGCCAACACACACAAAGUUCCUCUUCCCUCUGCUGCAGUCAAAUCCUUUAAGAGGAUGUGCUGCUUCCUGUCACAUGAUUCUUUUAAAGUAGCAAAAACAAAACCAGGAGCAUGUGCAAUUGAUACAUAUCAUUCUAAUGUAGCACAGCAGGCUUGGUAUUCCAGUUAUACUGUGCCAAGAGGAACAUAUAUAUAGAUACAUGGGUUUCAAAAUUCUCAUAAUGACAGUGCUUUUAAAUAUAGCAUUUAAUAAUAAAGUGUCGGUCUUAUAUCUUUUUUCACUAAAUGCAUAUGUUCAUAUUUGGGGAAAUCAAUUAAAAUGUAACUGAAUGUGCUUAAUAUUUAUACCACAGAUUAUGUAAAGCAUAAAAAAAUGCAAGCACCAUUUGCUUUUCAGCGCUUCUUUGCCCAAAUGUUGUAGCCACGCUGCUGAUUAUAUUAAUUGCAGAGUAUAAUUUCAGGUAAUUUUGCACGUUUUGGCAAAGCUGUGUCUUAGGGUUAGCAAUGUUACUCAUGGUACAGGGUCCACUUGUCUUUAUAGGGCCUUUUGUUCCCCCAGUAACAAAACUCAUCGGUCUUGGCUUAAAAAAUAUGAUUGUUUUCAUAAUCUAUGUACAAAAAUAAGUUUAUAUGGCUUUUAAUCUUUGUAAAGUGUUACUCAAAUCAUUUAAGUGCUUCACAGAUUGCUCUGUAACUCCUGUAAAUGUCCCACAUCAUGUUACAUAUUCAAUCUUGUAAGUAGCUGUAGACUUCAAAAAUCAAAUGCUGUAUUUUAUCAGCCCGACAACCUCAACAUGUUCAAUGAUCAUGUGAAAGGGAGAGCAAGGUUGUCUGUUGUACUAUUUGCUAAUAGGCAUACUGCUAUGUAUUGCAUUCAACUCAAGCAAUAUAAACACAUCUAUCAUCUGUGUACAAUGUCCUUCUCUGUAAAUGUU